CAUCACAGCCCACAACCAAUGGACGCCGCACUCUAGCUCUCUGCCGGCUUCGGCCCUGAUAUUUCUAUACACCCCUACCUACGUACAAUUUAUAGUUAGUCAAGGGACUCACUAUUACACCUACCUACCUACCUACCUCCACCCACCCUCCCCUUCUCACUCCUCUAACUCGCUACAUACCACCACCACCACCACCCCCAACUAACCCCCCAAUGUCGUCCAACCCCCCCUUCGCCACGGCCCUCCUCGCCGGCGGCAUAGCCGGCACCACAGUCGACCUAUCCCUCUUCCCCCUCGACACGCUGAAAACCCGCCUCCAGUCCCGCGACGGCUUCUUCCCCUCCGGCGGCUUCCGGGGCAUAUACCGGGGCGUCGGGAGCGCCGUCGUCGGCAGCGCGCCCGGCGCCGCGUUUUUCUUCUGCACGUACGAGGGCGUCAAGGGCCUGCUUGCGAAGAGGCGGCAGGAGCGGAAUAUCAGUGCUACCGGGGGAGACCAUCUUAUACUUGGGAACUUGGGACAUAACGUUAGCGCCGGGAAGACCUGGGAAGCGCCCCUUGAGCACAUGCUCGCUGCGAGUCUGGGCGAAGUUGCCGCCUGUGCGGUCCGCGUGCCUACUGAGGUUGUGAAGCAGCGCGCGCAAGCGGGUUUGCACGGGGGCUCGAGUGCCGCGGCCUUGGGCGCGAUUUUAUCGCAGCGUCGGGACAUAGGGUUGACGGGGGUAUGGCGGGAAUUAUACCGGGGGUGGGGCAUCACCGUGAUGCGCGAGGUGCCGUUCACCGUGAUCCAGUUUCCGCUGUGGGAAGCGCUGAAGGGUUGGGGCCGGCGGCGGAAAAGCCUAGGUAGUGGAAAUGUGGAGGUGAGCGCGGGCGAGAGCGCGCUGUAUGGCAGUGUAUCUGGUGCUGUGGCGGCGGGUGUCACGACGCCGCUGGAUGUUCUUAAGACCCGGGUUAUGCUAUCUAAGGAACGCGAGAGCGUCUUUGUCGUGCUGAAGGAUUUACUGUCCAGUCAUGGGAUACGACCUUUCUUCGCCGGAAUAGGGCCUCGGGUUAUGUGGAUUAGUACCGGCGGCGCCAUAUUCCUCGGGAGUUACCAAUGGGCUGUGAAUGCCUUACAAGGAAACGUCUUAUAACAGUCAUAACACCCACGUGACGAUCGCAAUUAGACGAACAAAUGCGGGAGAUCGAGGCUGGAACAGGACAGUCCUCGCUGUAUAUAACUCGUGGGGGUAUAUACUAGUAGCCGCGUUCCAACAUAGCGGUACGGGAGAGAGUAUGUACAACAGACGAUAGAGAAUACCCCAUUUUUAGAUUUACCGGACAUAGACACAGACACAAUGGAUGAUACCCUCCCUCCUGUCAAAUUCCAAAUUCAUCAACUUACAGUAGCUAUAGGUGGUAUUGGUUGCCCUCCAGGAUCUGAUACCGCGGGGUCAUCAAGUGUCGGUUGUGGGAGCUCUUUCGGAAUCUCUUUGCGACCAUUCGCUUUAUAAUACAAGACUACAUCGUUACCUCCCUUCCAAAUGUGGGCUCGCAGUGUUGCAAGGCUCAUGGUGUUUGGUAGUAGCUAAGUUUGUGGGUUAGCAUCUUAGCUUCGCACACAUUCAUGUUGGCACAUACCUGAUCGUUGCAAUACAAUUCCA